AUGUCGCUGCCAUAUCCUGCCAGUCCACCGCGUCAACCAUCCUUCUCCGCCGAUUCACAGCACACCGGUUCAGUCCCUGCCUCAGCCGAUGUUUAUCCCAUUCCACCUUCUACACAACGGCAUACAGACCCUCAAGGCACGUUCGGCUUCCAGAGUGUAGAGAACCCGUGGUUCGAUGCUCCAGCCAACGAGCUGAGGUCGGAUAGGCCACUGCCAGACAUUCUGAGGCCAGGUCCACCACGUACCGCUGAAGAUAGCCCCCCUGCACCAGGAAGCCAACCUCAGCCGAAUGUCCCGCAGAUUCUUCGGGCUGGUCGGUCACAAGAAGAUACGCCGAGGUCUUCGCUGGACAGCCAAAGGUCUAAGGAUUUCUGGGAAGACUCUGAUGAGGAGGAACAAGAGGAGGGCGGGAAAAGUCCCCUAAAGCCAGGCUCGACUCUACCACUAGUGGAUACCAAUAGGAACUCGGAGGGCGAUGGAGAGCCCCCUGAAAGGUCUCCCGGAAUCAGGAGAAAGCCAGUUGGGACAGUAUCACCUCCUCAACCUUCGAGACCGAGUUUCGAAACGGCCUCCCAGCUUGCCUCAAACAAUCCUUUCAGACGACCCUCCUCCUCAACAGUCGAAGAUGGCAUGUGGGGAAGGCGAGGCUGGGAGCGCCAGGAAAGCGAAACCGAGUUGGCAAAGGGCAAAGAACCUGACAGAGGAGACGCGUCGUAUCCCACAAGCCAGCUCCAGUCCUUGUCCUUUGCGACCAGCGGAAUGCCAGAUUUCUCGGCCCACCAGAGACCAGAAGAGGCCCAGACGUCAGCAGGGAGCUGGGCUGGGGAAAAGCAGGUGGUGUCGCCUCCGAUGCCACAGGCUCCUCCACCCCCUCCGCCAGCAGGACGCCUUUCGCCUUUCAGUAAACAGCCCCCUUUAAUACCGGUCUCCCCAGCAAAAGAACAGAUGGAAAAUCCCUGGGCUUCGAACCUACAUCUUGUACCUCCCACGCCAUCCCCCAUCCCAUUUUCACCUUCACAAAAGCAAGUCUCGAAUUACACCGAGGAGUUAUUAGACCGCGAACAAGAGAGUGGAGCGGUGUCGUUGGGAGAUGAGUUAGCAACGUUACCGAAUGCGGUUCAUCUUGGAUCAGAACCACGCGAUGAGCCAUCUUUGCUAGACAGCGACGGUGAGACUGGGCCCCCUCUUCCAACCCGCCCGAUCGAACAGACUAGCACCGAUCAUUUCGAUCCACCAGAUGGGCCGCCUCCGCCAAAGCCACCGAGGCCGUUGGUACGCACAACGGCUCCCUCGGAGGAGGAGGUUGCCAGGAUGGUUGAGCAGAGGAGUGAGACAUAUCAGAUCAAACACUUCAACUGGUUUGACCAUCACUCUCGCAAACUACGGAGGUCCGCCAUGUUGACCCAGAACAAGAACGGACCUUGUCCUCUUCUUGCCCUGGUGAAUGCUCUGAUACUGGGAGCAAAGGACGCAUCCCAGGCCGCAUUGGAUAAUGCACUUCGGUCUCGGGAGCAAGUCACGCUCGGACUCAUCAUUGAGACCUUGAUGGACGAGUUGUUGUCCCGUGCUGGGGAGGCCGUCGGACAAAGUCUCCCGGAUGUCGACGAGUUGAACGAGUUUCUGAUGCGUCUACGUACUGGCAUGAAUGCCAAUCCCAGAUUCGUCCCGGCAUCGACACAGCCGCCCAAUCUGAUGGAUUUGGAUGAUUCAGGCCUUCAACCCCCGGAAUAUGGAAGAUCCGAGGGGAAACACGGGACUUUCGAGAGCACCACAGACAUGAAACUGUAUGCUGCCUUUUCGGUGCCUUUGGUCCAUGGCUGGCUCCCCGAACCUGGGUCCGAUGCUGCGAGAGCAUUUGCUCGAUCGGCUCCCACGUAUGAGGAUGCCCAAGCUUUGCUGUUUGGUGAAGAAGAAUUGGAAUACAAGCUAAGCAAUCAAGGAUUGUCGCAGGAAGAACAGAAUUUGUGGGAAGACAUCAAUUCGAUCAAGAACUUCCUGAAGACGUAUCCCACGCAACUCACUCCGACGGGAUUGGAGGCUGUGCGAGAGUCGUUGUCAGCGGGCUCCUUUGCUAUUAUGUUCCGAAAUGACCAUUUUAGCACGGUAUACAAACACCCAGAAAGCGCUCAGAUCUUCACCUUGAUCACGGAUGCCGGAUACGCCGACCGAGACGAGAUCAUCUGGGAAAGUCUGGUCGAUAUCAGCGGGCAACGCAACGAGUUCUUUUCGGGCGACUUCAUGCCCGUCAGUCAUAAUGCCGUUGAAGACGAGGAGUCCAGACAUCCCGCGGCUCGUCGAUCAUCCCAGCUUUUGUCUGCUCCGGGCACCGGUUCCGUUGCUCCACUUUCGCCUCAACAGCAACAAGAACAACAUGACGCCGAUUUCGCCAUGGCUUUGCAACUUCAAGAAGAAGAAGAGCAGCGGCAGCGGGCGGAAAGAAAUCGACGUCGAAGCAGCGCCAACCCUCCUGGCAACAACAGCCAAAGGAGGCCGGCAGCGGCGACCCCUGUGUCGAGACGACCACAGGCUGAAGCUCGACCGGUGAUACCACCGCGGACGUCGCACACCACCAAUCCAGGGGUAAAUCGACCCGCGGACGCUCUUGUGGACGACGCUCCACCGGCAUACGAAGAAGCAGCCAAGGGACGACCAUACAUACCUCCGGUCGGAAGCCCUCUUCACCCUUCGGCCGACCCCAGUCCCAUGGCGUCCAACACGCAACUCAGCGGCACGAUCAGCCAUACAUCAGCCUCGACAGUCGACCCUCAUCCCCCUGGCCCUAAUGCUGUCGUAGGGAGGAGACACGCUGCACGACGGACGAGUGCAUAUAAUGAGACGGCGCAGUACUACGGUCCUCAGCGGAUGCAAGGGUUGGAUGUCCCGCAGGGUGCUGUAGGCGGCGACGGCGGAGGACCUUCGAGGCCGGGGAAUAUGCAGAGGCCAGACCGGGAUUGCAUAGUCAUGUGA